AUGCUCCUCUUCGCCCUGUGCUGGUCCCUCUUUGCCUCCGCCGCCUUCGCGGCUUUUGGCUACACCGACCAAGGAACUUAUUGGACCAUCGAUUCCGGAUCGAAUCUUGUCAUCCAGGUCAGCAAGACCAAUGGCGACAUCACCUCCAUGAAAUACAAGGGUGUCGAAUACAACGGCUAUGAUGGAAAGAACACCCAUGUCGAGUCUGGACUUGGGGCCAGCACGGUCACUAUUCAGCAGUUCACCGACCCUGCCUACAUCAUCAAGGUCUCAGUCACGUACGGAACGUUGAAGCACUACCUGUUCGUCAGAUACAAGAACGACAAUGUCUACAUUUUCACGAACAAAGCCGAUGCCUCUGUCACUGUCCAUCGAUACAUCGUUCGCAUGAAGGGAGGAAGUUUCUCCUAUAGUAAAAGUGACACGGAUUACUAUCCAGAUGGCUCAUCGUUUAUCGAGGCUUCGGACGUCUCGGGUCUAAGCGAUGGAACCACUUGGUCUAAGCACUACAACGGAGGCCUAUACGGCCGUGUCAAGGACUUUGAUUACGUUGGAGUGUCCAAGUCUGGCGUGGGCGUUUAUAUGAUCCGGUCGAACCACGAGAAGGCAUCGGGCGGCCCUUUCUUUCGCUCCCUCCAGCGCCGUGCCGACUCUGGUGGCGAGGACCUCUACGACAUCUAUUAUUACAACAUGGGGCACACUGAUCCUGAGCGAUUUGGCCUGCAAGGCCCUUCCGUCCUGUCAUUUACCGACGGCUCGGGCCCCAACACCGCUCUCUUCGCCCGAAACGCUGACUGGGGUUGGUUCGAUAACUUGGGCAUCGACGGCUGGGUCCCUGCUUCAGGCCGCGGCUCUGUGGCCGGAGUGGGGUUGUCCAACAUGAAAUCUGGCCGCGCAUAUACAGUAGGCCUGUCGAACGCGAACGCCCAAUAUUGGGCUCUGGCGGCCGCGUCUGGUGGUGCUUGGCAGAUCACUAAGGCCCUUCCCGGAACAUACACCCUGACAGUGUACAAGGAUGAGCUGGAGGUCUACACCGGAAGCGCAACCAUCACUGCCGGAGGAAAGGCCGCUCUGAAUACCAUUACGCUCGUUGAUCCAAGCGACCGGGCAACAAUCUGGCGCAUCGGUGACUGGGACGGGACACCAGGCGGCUUUUUGAACUUCGAGACAACUCCCUGGAAGCCGACCUACAUGCACCCGUCCGACAGCCGCAUCGCAUCAUGGGACGUCGGCAACUUCAUCGUCGGCACCACGCCGGCAUCGAGUUUCCCGUCUUACAUCUGGCAGGACGUAAACAAUGGCCAUGUGAUAUACUUCCGCUUGAAUGCCGAGCAGCUUACUCAAGCACACACAGUUCGGAUCGGGAUCACGGAGGCGUACAUAGGCGGCCGUCCUCAGAUCACGGUAAACAGCUGGAUGAGCAAGAUACCGGCGGCCACUACGCAGGCGUCAACGAGGUCCCUUACGGUUGGAACAUACCGUGGGAACAACGCUGUCCUGGAGUACACUGUGCCUGCAUCUGCAUGGCUGACAUCUACCAGCGACUGGCAGGCUCUGACGAUCAAUGUCGUGACGGGUAGUACGGGGACCAAGUACCUCAGUGGUGGGAUUUCUAUAGAUUGUGUUGAGUUGUUAUAG